GUCAAAAGCAACAACGGUCACAAAGCAAAAAACAGAGGACUCUUCUCUUCUCCAUCACCUGAGAAGAAAUCAUCAAAACCAAACACUCUCUAAGAUCUCCUCCUUCUGCAACAAACACUAGAAUUGAUUCAGAAUGGAAAAUCUCAUAGAAGUAGAAGAAGGAUGCCUCAAAGAAGCUUUUACUUUUGAUGUUAAUCUGCAAAGAGGGCCAAGAUACAAAGCUUAUUCUGAGUUGCGAGAACGCAAGAUAAGGAAAAGGAUGAUUGAUCAAACACAAGAUAACGAUGAUAUUGAAUUUGGAUCUUCAAAGAAGCAGCUAUUGUUAUCUCCACCAUUACCACCACCACCACAACAGCAACAAAGAAGGGUGAAUCGAAGGUCGUCUUUGGUGGGUCAAUCAGUUCCAAAUUUCUCUGCUAUUUUGAGGAAGGAAAAUCGAAAACCAGUAUUUGAGAUGAGAACACCACCACCGUCAUCAAAAUCAAAAGACUACUCAAAAUUGGGACUUAGUGGAGGAGGAAGUAAAUCAGCAAGUGGUGCAGAUAAAAGAGGUGGUGGUGUUAUGAUGGCCAGGAAGAGCUACGCAAAUUUUGAGGAUUUAAAGACUGUAUCAUCGCCGCCUAUUAAAAGAGGAGGUGGUGGUGGAAAAGUUGUCGCAGGUGGCGUAGUUCAUAACAACAAUAGAACCAUUCUGGGUACUUCCAGACUCUACCUACCCUGAAUUUGGUGAAAAUCUCUACUUUUUGGUUUGGUUGUUUUGAGAUUGUGUGCGGAUUUUGUAUGCAGCAGUGGUGGUAUCUCAUUACAUUUCUUAAUUACAGUGGUGGUAUCUCAUUACAUUUCUCAAUCUGUUAACUCUGGUUUGAUUGAUUUCUUGCUGGAAUUAUUUUGUCUUAAAUUUCUUAAUUACAGUAACUAAACACGAUUAAUAUAUAUAAAUUCUUGAUUGUUUUUGGA